AUGGCAGUGAUGGAAAUGGCCUGCCCAGGCGCCCCUGGUUCGGCGGCCGGGCAGAAGGAGCUCGCCAAGGCCAAGGAGAAGACACAGGCGAUGGGCAAGAAGCAAAACCCCGCCAACAAGCUCGAGGCCGUAGAGAAGAGCCCUGUGUUCUGCGGGAAGUGGGAUAUCCUGAACGACGUGAUCACCAAAGGCACAGCCAAGGAAGGCUCCGAGGGAGGACUGGCCGCCAUCUCCAUCAUCGCGCAGGCCGAAUGUGAGAACAGCCAAGAGUUCAGCCCUACCUUUUCAGAGCGGAUUUUCAUCGCCGGGUCUAAACAGUACAGCCAGUCCGAGAGUCUCGAUCAGAUCCCCAACAAUGUGGCCCACGCAACCGAGGGCAAAAUGGCCCGUGUGUGUUGGAAGGGGAAGCGUCGCAGCAAAGCCCAGAAGAAACGCAAGAAGAAGAGCUCCAAGUCCCUGGCUCAGGCGGGAGCGGCCUUGGCCAAACCCCUCCCCAGAACCCCGGAGCAGGAGAGCUGCACUGUCCCCGUGCAGGAGGAUGAGUCCCCACUGGGCCCCCCAUAUGUGAGGAACGCCCUCCAGUUCACCAAGCCUCUAAAGGAGCCAGGCCUCGGCCAACUCUGUUUCAAGAAGCUCGAGGAGGGCCUGCGGCCGGCACUGCCUCGAUCAGAACUCCACAAACUGAUCAGCCCCUUGCAAUGUCUAAAUCACGUGUGGAAACUCCACCACCCCCAGGAUCUAGGCCCCCUGCCCCAGCCCGCUCACCCCUUCCCCUACAGCAGACUGCCCCAUCCCUUCCCGUUCCACCCUCUCCAGCCCUGGAAACCUCAUCCCUUAGAGUCCUUCUUCCUAGACAAACUGGCCUGUAUAGACAGCCAGCAGCCCCUGUCCGGCCCCCACCUGGGCAAACUGGCCUGUGUGGACGGUCAGAAGCCUGUGCCCGGCCCACACCUGGAGCCCGGCUGCCCGUCCCGGGGCCCGUAUGACAAGUUUUCUGUGGAGGAGUACAUGGUACACGCCCUGCAAGGCAGUGUGAGCUCAGGCCAGGCCCACAGCCUGGCCAGCCUGGCCAAGACCUGGUCGGCAGGAGGUUUCAAGCCCCAGAAGCCCAGCCCUGAAACGAUGGACAGCGAGGGGGUCCUGCUUACAGAGAAACUCAAGCCGGUGGAUUAUGAGUACCGAGAGGAGGUCCACUGGGCCACGCGCCAGCCCUGCCUGGGCAGAGGCUCCUUUGGAGAGGUGCACAGGAUGCAGGACAAGCAGACUGGCUUCCAGUGUGCGGUCAAAAAGGUGCGCAUUGAAGUGUUUCGGGCAGAGGAGUUGAUGGCAUGUGCAGGAUUGACCUCACCCAGAAUCGUCCCUCUGUAUGGAGCUGUGAAGGAAGGUCCUUGGGUCAACAUCUUCAUGGAACUCUUAGAAGGUGGCUCGCUGGGCCAGCUCAUAAAGCAGAAGGGCUGUCUGCCGGAGGACCGGGCCCUUUACUACCUAGGCCAGGCUCUGGAAGGGCUGGAGUACCUUCACACCCGAAGGAUUCUGCACGGAGAUAUCAAAGCUGACAAUGUGCUCCUGUCCAGCGAUGGGAGCCGUGCAGCCCUCUGUGACUUCGGCCAUGCUGUGUGCCUUCAACCCGAUGGCCUGGGGAAGUCCUUGCUCACGGGGGACUACAUCCCUGGCACAGAGACCCACAUGGCUCCAGAGGUGGUGAUGGGCAAGCCCUGUGAUGCCAAGGUGGACGUGUGGAGCAGCUGCUGUAUGAUGCUUCACAUGCUCAACGGCUGCCACCCUUGGACCCAGUACUUCAGAGGGCCACUGUGCCUCAAGAUUGCCAGUGAGCCGCCGCCUGUGAGGGAGAUCCCACCGUCCUGUGCCCCUCUCACGGCCCAGGCCAUCCAGGAGGGGCUAAGGAAAGAGCCUGGGCACCGCGCGUCCGCAGUGGAGCUGUGGAGGAAGGUCAGCCUGGCCCUGCAGCAUGUGGGAGGUCUGAGGAGCCCUUGGAGGGGAGAGUAUAAAGAGCCAAGACAUCCGCCGCCACACCAAGCCCAUCCGCCGCCCAGCCAAGGCCACUCUCCCCGGACGCCACAGGCCCAACCGAGGGAGCUCUCACCUGGGGCUCCGGGGCCCCAGCCAACCGAGGACACGACAGGCGGGGCCCCUAAGCUCCAGCCUCCUCUACCCCCAGAACCCCCAGAGCGGAACAAGUCUCCAAGCCUGAACUGGGGCAAGGAGGAGUCUGGAACAUGGGAACCAUUACCUCUGUCCUCCCUGGACCCGGCCCCUGCCAAAAACCCCAGCUCGGCGGAGCGGAAGGCGACCUUCCCAGAACAGGAGCUGCAACAACUGGAAAUAGAACUAUUUCUGAACAGCCUGUCCCAGCCGUUUUCACUGGAGGAGCAGGAGCAGAUUCUCUCGUGCCUCAGCGUCGACAGCCUCUCUCUGUCAGACGACAGCGAGAAGAACCCGUCAAAGGCCUCUCAGAGCUCGCGGGACACCCUGAGUUCCGGUGUGCACUCAUGGAGCAGCCAGGCAGAGGCUCGCAGCUCCAGCUGGAACAUGGUGCUGGCACGGGGACGGCCCACCGACACUCCAAGCUAUUUCAAUGGUGUGAAAAUCCAAAUACAGUCUCUCAACGGCGAACACCUGCACAUCCGGGAGUUUCACCGGGUCAAGGUGGGGGACAUCGCAACAGGCAUCAGCAGUCAGAUCCCAGCCGCAGCCUUCAGCUUGGUGACCAAGGACGGGCGGCCCGUGCGCUAUGACAUGGAGGUGCCAGACUCGGGCAUCGACCUGCAGUGCACCCUGGCCCCUGAUGGCAGCUUUGCCUGGAGCUGGAGGGUCAAGCAUGGCCACCUGGAGAACAGGCCCUAA